CCCCGGCCCAGAAGCCCCUAUAUAAGAAUCCAGAGGUGGGGAAGAAUUCACUGGUUCCAGGUCACUCAUCAUGGACGCCACCAAAGUCAUUCUCCUGCUGGCCGCCCUCUGCUUGGGAACAGCCGUUACCCUGCAGUGUUAUACCUGCACAGACCAGUCCAGUAACUCCAACUGCAUGACUGCAACCAACUGCUCCGAAUCCAGCACUUCCUGCAUGACCUCGGUGAUCUCCGGCGGAUUCGGCGGCCAAUCGGCCACCACCAUCACCAAGUCCUGUGAAUCCGCCUGCACGGCCACCAGUUUUAACGUGUUUGUGGUCUCGACGUCCGUGUCCUGCUGCGGCACUAACUUGUGUAACACCAGCGGGGCGGGCAGCGUGAGAUCCGGCUCCAGCCUCCUCGCCCUGGGGUUCCUCUUCGCUCUGACGGCGAGCUUUUCUCUGUGAUGUCACCGACAGACUGGAUGGAAUUGAAUUGACAGGAAGUGGAUCCGGCGCGUUUCGCCCCAGAAGAUGCGUUUAGUCACAGCUGAGACCAGCGCUGGCAUUUAUUAGGCUUUAAAUACGCUCUGCCCUUCCUUCCGUGUUGUAAAUGUUACCCUUGUUGGGGGUAAAGCUGAAACGUGCUCAUG